AUGUCACUAAGUUAACUGUCAGGAAAGCAGGGUAUAAAUUAUGCAAAACUCAGACAUAAGAAGUCUCCAAAUGAUUAAUAGUCAUUUGGUUUAUUUGAGGACAUGAAUAGAAACAAUCUACAAUACAUUGAAUCAUUGAUUUAGAAACGCAAGCCUAGUGUCGACCUAAAACAUCAAAGAGCCAAAUCCACACUUGAUAAUAAAUAGCAUUCAUACAGGCAAGGUACACCAAUAAAUGACAUGGAAGAAUUGGAAGGGGAAAAAUUGUUUGAUUAGUUUUUUAAACUAAAUAACUCGAAGAGUGAUAGUGACUUUAUGAAGGAAUCUAUAUAAAGAGAUAGUGUCAAUAAGAAUAAUGAGAGUGACUUUCUUAAAUUUGUUGAGAAUGCUAUUGAAUAUCAUAAGCAUUCAGAUGUAAGGUUUUUCAGACAUUCAGUUAAUAAAUAAUCUCACUUGGAAUAAAAGUUAAAGGAAAUUACCCUAUCCAACAGACUACUAGCUAGUUAACUUAACCAAUAUAAACAGAAAGAAAUUGAUCUUAAAAGUAAGAUCAAAAUGAUGCAGAAGGAAUUUACUAUCUAAUAUUAAAAACUAGUUCAAUAAAAUUAAUGGUUGGAAGAACUACUAGCCAAAUAGAAAAUUGACAAUCAGAACUCACUGUUGGCUGUUAAGAAGACUGUUGAAAUGCUACAAAUAAAAUGUAAAUGCCAAAAAGGAAAUCAAUUAUGUGAUAAAAUAUUAAGAGACGUUAAGAAUUAGGAAAGAGUGAGACAAUAAUAUGAAUGGGAUGAUGAAUCUAAGCCUACUCAUUCAUCUUCGGAAUUAAGCAACAAUACUUAAGAAGAGGAAGAUGAAUCAACUGACUUCAAUUAUUAAUUAAAGAACAGAAGAAAGUCAAUCUCAAAAGUCUGUCAUAACUCGAUCUAAUCAGCAGAAGAAUAAUAAGAAUAAUUAGUUUAAAGUUUUCUCAAUGGAAAAAGUAAAAAUCUAAGAGAGUUUCCCAAAGACAUGUUUCUUAGAAAAAAAUAAACACCAGAUCCAUACUAUAUUGAAGAAGAGAACACCAUCAACAGUAACUGA